CUCCCGACCCGCAGGCCCCUCCCUGGCCGGCCAGGGCCCAGGGCUCUGUGCUCACUCCUACCUGAGUGGCUUCUGUUGGGCUCCCGUGAGAACAUGGUGCAGAAGUACCAGUCUCCUGUCCGCAUCUACAAGUACCCAUUCGAGCUGGUCAUGGCGGCCUACGAGAAGCGCUUCCCCACCUGCCCGCAGAUCCCUGUCUUCUUGGGCAGCGAGGUCCUGUGCGAGUCCCGCAGCGCGGAUGGCGCGGUGCACGUGGUGGAGCGGAGCUGCCGGCUGCGCGUGGAGGCCCCGCGGCUGCUGCGGAAGAUCGCUGGUGUGGAGCACGUGGUGUUCGUGCAGAGGAACGUCCUGAACUGGAAGGAGAGGACGCUCCACAUCGAAGCGCACAACGAGACCUUCGCCAGCCGCGUGGUGGUCCGCGAGAACUGCAGCUACACGGUCCACCCUGAGAAUGAAGAGUGGACUUGCUUUGAGCAGUCCGCCUCACUGGACAUCCGGUCCUUCUUUGGCUUUGAAAGUGCCUUGGAGAAGAUUGCCAUGAAGCAGUACACGGCCAAUGUCAAGAGGGGGAAGGAGGUGAUCGAGCAUUACCUGAAUGAGCUCCUCUCUCAGGGCAUCUCUCACAUUCCCCGGUGGACACCUGCCCCGGUCAGAGAGGAAGACGCCUGCUCCCAGGCUGGGCUGGGAGAUCCUAGCUUGCUGGAGGUCAAUGCACUCAGAAGCACCCAGGGUUCCGCUCAAGAGAUGGUUGGUACUGACGGGGACAAGAUUGAUACAGACUACAUUGAGAAGUGCCUGGGCCAUCUCACACCCAUGCAGGAGAGCUGCCUGAUUCAGCUUCGGCACUGGCUGCAGGAGACACACAAAGGCAAGAUUCCCAAAGAUCAGCACAUCCUUCGGUUCCUGCGGGCUCGUGAUUUCCACCUGGACAAGGCCCGGGAGAUGCUGUGCCAGUCCUUGAGCUGGAGAAAGCAGCACCAGGUGGAUCUUCUCCUUCAGACCUGGCACCCCCCGGCCCUCCUGGAAGAGUUCUACGCGGGCGGCUGGCACUACCAGGACACAGACGGCCGCCCCCUGUACAUCCUGCGCCUGGGCCACAUGGACACCAAAGGCUUGAUGAAGGCUGUGGGGGAGGAGGCGCUGCUGCAGCAUGUGCUUUCCGUCAACGAGGAAGGACAGAAGAGGUGUGAAGGGAACACCAAACAGUUUGGCCGUCCCAUCAGCUCCUGGACCUGCCUGGUGGACCUGGAAGGGCUCAACAUGCGGCACCUGUGGCGGCCGGGGGUGAAGGCCCUUCUGCGGAUGAUUGAGGUGGUCGAGGACAACUACCCCGAGACCCUGGGCCGGCUGCUCAUCGUGCGCGCCCCCCGUGUCUUCCCUGUGCUGUGGACGCUGAUCAGCCCCUUUAUCAACGAGAACACCAGGCAGAAAUUCCUCAUCUACAGUGGCAGCAAUUACCAGGGCCCCGGAGGCCUUGUCGACUACCUGGACAAGGAAGUGAUCCCCGACUUCCUCGGGGGAGAGUGCAUGUGUAAUGUCCCCGAAGGAGGGCUGGUCCCCAAGUCCCUCUAUCUGACGGAAGAGGAACAGGAGCAGGCAGAACAGCUGCACCAGUGGAGAGAGACCUACCAGUCGGCCAGCGUGCUCCGCGGGGCCCCCCACGAGGUUGUGGUGGAGAUUCUGGAGGGGGAGUCAGUCAUCACCUGGGACUUCGACAUCCUACGAGGGGAUGUGGUGUUCAGCCUGUACUAUGCCAAGCAGGCACCCAAGCCGGGCCCCCAGGAGCCUGGGGCCAGGGCCAGUGGGCAGCUGGUGGACAGAGGCGGGGCCCUGGCCGCAGAUUACAGCUGCGUGGACGCCCCCCUCAUCUGCCGGGAAGGGGAGAGCAUCCAGGGCUCCCAUGUGACCCGGUGGCCCGGCAUCUACCUGCUGCAGUGGCAGAUGCAUGCCCCCCCUGGCAACGUGGUGGAGGACGUACUGAUGGCCCCGCACAGCCCCGGCCGCAGGUGCAAACUCCUCUACUACUAUGAGGUGCUGGCGUCUGAGGACUUCAGGGGCUCCAUGUCCAGCCUGGAAUCCUGCACCAGCCGUUUCUCCCAGCUCAGCGCUGCCACCUCCUCCUCCUCCGGCCAGUCCCACAGCAGCUCCCUGGUCUCCAGAUAGCUGGGACUGAGCCCUGCGGGGCAUCCCACUCGCUACCACGUCCUCAAGUGUCUACCACCAGGAGCCAGCCUGCUGCACGACCGGGGGCCAUGUGGUCUAUAGCGGGGUCUGGACGCUGCCAAAGCUGGGGUGCCUGGAGCCGACAGCAGUGAUUCAGCUCGUGGCCUGUGUGUGGUGGGAGUCUCUGUCAGAACCAUCUCCACUGGGCUUUGCGGAAUGAAAAGCCAAGGAGUGGGUGGACCACCUUCAGCCCUGCCUGGUGUGGGGGCUCAGGGAUGUCAUGAGGCUCAGCCCUCCCCUUUACUUCUGCCUCUGCUAUCCCUGCGAUGGCCUCAUUCUCAGGUGCCUUCCCCAUUGUCA